AUGGAGAAUCAGAUAAGCCAAUUGGCCAACCAAUUUAGCCAAGUCCUAAAGACUCCAGGAACCUUCCCGGCCCAAACUGAACAAUCUCAAAAAGGCCAAAUGAAUGUCGUCACCCUGAGGAGUGGAAAGCAGUUGGAAGAUCCUCCUACUAAGGAGUCAUCAAGAGAGGUCAUUGAAGAAGUGAGUGCAAGUGAGAAGGAAGUAGAGGAUGCUAGGGUUGAGGAAGCAUCAAAGGAAGCACCACCAAAGCCACAUGCUCCAUAUAUGCCUAAGGUUCCUUUUCCUCAAAGAUUAGCACAAGCUAAACUUGAGAAAAAGUUUAGUAAGUUCCUCGAUGUUCUUAAAAAGCUUCAUAUUAAUAUUCCAUUCCUAGAUGCCAUAUCUGAGAUGCCCUCUUAUAACACUCUCCCUAAGAAAUUAGGAGAUCCGGGUAGCUAUUCAAUUCCAGUGAAGCUUGGAGAUAUUGAGAUCAACAGGGCACUAUGUGAUCUAGGUGCAAGUGUGAGCCUCAUGCCACUGUCUAUGUCUAUAUGCAAGAAGCUGCAGAUGGGUGAACUCAAACCCACACGCAUAUCUCUGCAACUUGCAGACAGGUCAGUGAAGUUUCCUUUCGGUGUACUUGAGGAUGUACCCCUCCAAGUAGGUAAGUUUUUCAUUCCAUGUGAUUUUGUUGUGAUGGAGAUGGAUGAGGAUGUGAAUGUUCCUAUCAUACUAGGUAGACCUUUCUUAGCUACUGCAGGUGCAAUUAUAGACAUGAAGAAAGGUAAGAUUACUUUUGAAGUAGGUGAUGAAAAAUUGGAAUACUCACUUUUGAAUGUUAUGGGUGCUCCUUCUAUGGGAGAUACUGUUUGUCAGGUUGAUGUGCUCGAUGAGCUGCAGAAUGAGCAACUUCCCUUGAAUCAGAAUGAUGAUGCUCUUGAACAAGUGCUAUUAGGGAAGGAAGAUGAUAAUGGAGAUUGGUAG